UAUCAAGGUUCUGAUCUGUUAAAACAUGUAAUAAUUCUCAAUGGAUAUUUAAAUUGAUUGAUCUGCAACGAUUGUCUGGAUUUCGAAACUUAUUUAAACAAUUUGUAGCCGACCAUUUUUGAGGACAGAGUUUGGAGGUUUUUAUGGUUUGCUCUAGUUAUGUAUCUGGAUAUAUGGACAGUUGUCUAGGUAUCAUUCGUACAUCAGCAUGGAGAAGUCUGUGAUUUUAUAAGGAAUCAGUUCUGAGGAAUGGAGGUUGGACUAAAGGCCAAGGCAUUAAUCAGAUACUUCCACGAGAACCUGCAUACAGAGCAAGCUGGCAGCCAAAUGACAGAGGAUGAAACGCGAGAGAAAGCCGUGGCUUUUCUGGCGCUGUUGAAAAAGGACGAAGAAGCAUUAGUGACAGAAGUUAAAAAACUUGUAAAAUCCAACAAAGAACUUGCCAAAUAUAUUUUUAGUGCACAGAUUGAUGGAUGGACACUAUUUCAUGCGUGUGCUCUCAGAGGAUGUCGGAAGUUAUUAAAGUAUGCCAUUAGGUCCGGUGUUGACGUCAAUCUCAAGAUGGGAGAACCGGAAGGUGUCCCCGGCGGAUGUAGUGCUUUACACAUGGCGGCUCACAGAGGUGACGUAAGCGUGAUCGAAAUCUUGACCAGUUCCAGAGCGGAUCUAGACUCCAAAGACAAUAAUGACAAGACUCCCGUAUUUUACGCAUCUCGUGCUCAUAACUCUUUAGCAGUGAAAACUCUCAGGAAAUUAGGAGCCGACAUGUCUAGUUGUGAAAACGAUGUUAUAAGAGACGCAGGCUCGCUGAGAUCGCCACUCAAUAACUUCCGGUUUCUGCCAUUUCCGGGAUGUUCCGGGUCUAGGUCGUGACCUUUAAGGAAUUCCGUCCAUGAAUCAAAUUCUCUACGUGUUCAAACAUUGUAUAUAUACAACCAUACAUUGUAAUGUGUUAAUAUUAUCAGUUUUAUUUAUUUCUAGUUUAAGUGGUGUUAUUCGUAGUUAUAUAUUUUAAAAGGGUCUUUGACUGGAAUGAAUAUGACGCAGUAAUACGAAACUGAAGCUAUAAGAAACUGUGUAUUUUAUUACAGAAAUCCAUAAACAUUAUAUAACGGCUAGGUAUACUAGCGAUGAACAAAUAUAUUAUAUGUUUAUUUAUAUUGCAAUUUUUACCGCAAAUAAACCAAGGAAAUCUGAG